AUGCUUCCGCUCCGCACGCGCAGCAUCCUGCGCCAGCCCCUGCGCACCCUCCCGACGCUAUGCCGCGCGUGCCAGCAGCGCGCGCUGCAAACGACUGCGCGCCUACGCGCCGCCGCGCCCAACGACCCGCGUCCCGAGGGCGGUGACGCAAACGCGAAGCCGCGCGAGGCGUCGGUCGGCCAGGGCCUCGCGAGCUACAAGGCGCCGAGCAAAGCGGAGGGCUUCACGCCGCAGGUGCUGGGGCGGCCGAUUGGGUUCCACAGGCCGCCGGUGCCGGGCGACUACAGCGGGCGGGAUGAGCGCAGCGUGCGGCAGCGGCGCGACGACUUUGUCGACUGGGACAAACACAUUCAGCGGCGGAAGGAGCUGACCAAGCAGGUCAGCAAGCCUUACUUCCGCGACUUCACCAACAUGCAGUACCACUCGGGCAAGUCGUUUCUGGCGAACCCGCUCGUGUUCCGCCGCGACCGCGCGCUCUUCUUCCCCAACUUCGUCGGCACGACGCUGGCGUCGCCAAAGCAGGAACGCGACACGACGCUCGUGCUGCUGGACCGCGUCUCCGUCGUGUCUGUCUACAGCUCGCAAUGGGGCCUUGAGCAGGCCAAGACGUUCAUCGACAACUCGGCCAAUCCGGGCCUGCACGAGGUGCUUGACAAGCACCGCGAUGCUGCGCAGCUCGUUGAACUCAACCUCGAGGAUAAUGCUUUGAAGGCUAUGAUUGUCAAGUUCUUCCAGGGCAGGCUGAAGGCUGAGAGGAGGGAGGAGGAUUGGGACAAGUAUUUCCUCAUCAGGCGAGGCAUCACGGAUGAGCUUCGCGAAAACAUAGGUCUGAUGAACAGCAAGGUCGGGUACACUUUCUUGGUGGAUGGACAAUGCAGGAUUCGCUGGGCAGCAAGCGGAAACGCCGAGGGAGAGGAGAAGGAGUGGCUGAACAAGGGACUGAAGAUGCUGGUCAACGAG